ACCAUUGAAUGAAUUUAACACGGCGUUGACGAAGUUUGUUGUUUGAAGUACUAAAGGAAAUACUAAAUACUUUAUUAUUCGUUGGAAUUUUAUCAUAAAGGAAUUACGAACCUUCUCCGGGAAAACGAAACAUUUUACAUGGAUUGUUAAGGAUAAGAAUGUUCUAAAAUGUGGCAGCUUGUAGGUUAUUCUUGGCGGGGCAAUUAUACGGCUUUCUGGCUUACCAAAUGGUACCAUUCCUGGCCGCACGUCGAAUACAAAUCAUUCACGUUAGUUGACUCAUCAUUCCAGCCUGACAGUGAUGAAUAUUUCCAAACACUUCUAUUUCUGGCAGCCAUCCCGAUAGCAUUACUCCUGCUGACAAUUUUAGCAGUAUUUUUUUACUGUUGCUAUGGAUUUUGCCGCAAGAGACGGUCGAAUAGUAUACAGCGCUCACCCAGGAAAAAUCCCACCUCAAAGAAGUGGGUCCUUGCAACUGUUGCCUUGUUUUGCUUGGCAUUUAUAGUGAUCGGUUUUUAUGGUAAUGAGGAGACGUCAACCGGUGUUCAUAGACUGACGAAUGCUGCAAAAGAUGUGGAUAUCACAAUUGAUGAAAUUACAACAGAGGUAAAUAAAAUCAGUGCAACAUACAGUAAUGAUAUUCCAAGGGAUGUGCAGACUUUAAAUGAUACGUUUCAAAAAGUCUUAAAUCAGCAAGAUCGAGAGAAAUUGCUGAAGCUAACUGCAACGCUCAGUCAGCACACAACGAGUACAGCCCAAAAUAUUGCGGAAAUAAAUAGAGAUUCCAACAGCGUGCAAUUGAACUUGACGACAAAAGCCGACGAUUUGGAGUCGUAUGAUUAUUUCAGGUGGCUUGGCACCAUAAUACUCUUUAGUUUGGAAAGUAUUGUGUGUUUGAUAGCCCUGUGUGCCGUAGGAAAGGCAUCCAGAUGUCUUCUUGUUUUUGUAUCUGUUGUCUGCCUGAUAUUUAUCAUUUUGAUUUGGUGUAGAAUGGGGAUUGAAAUAUUCAUCACAGUGGGUGCUAGCGAUUUCUGUGUCAAACCCAGUGUGUAUGUUUUGUCACAAACCGAUAAGACCACAAAUCUAGAUCAAGAUAUUGUUGAAUAUUAUUUGACGUGCUAUCCCAACUCUCAAAACCCAUAUGGAAGUACUCUGAGAGAUUCACAAAAAGCACAAGCUCUGGCAGAGACAACUCUAGAAGAUAUUAAAGAGAUUACAAAGAUAGCUUACCCACAAGCAACUGAUACUUUGGACAAACUUAACCAAACAUUCCAGUCGACCAGCAUACAGCUUCAGAGCUUAGUAGCAAACAUCAACUGCAACACAUUGAAUAAUGACUAUGUGAUUGGCUUAUAUUCCCUGUGCUAUGAUACCAUAACUGGAAUCAGCUUCAUGAUGUUGAGUUCCAUACUGUCUGGUCUUUUCUUCACUGUGCUCAUAUUCAUAUCCUCAUGUACUGUUCCAGUCAUAGCAAGGAGGAAAGCUGACUAUGAAGUGGACAGAGAGGAUCCGUUCCUGCCUCCUGAAAAUCCCAGUGCUACGCUGGAACGUUACAGCCAUCGUGGUGAGCCUCGUAGGUCACCACAACGUGGCUCAGGGUUAGGAUCACCUACUAUCCCAGAUUACAACAGAGAGCCUAGUUUUGCAGCAAGUAGUGUAGCCUACAACCAAGAUUAUAGGUACGAGGAUGACCCUCUCUUAAGAAGGCACGGUCAUGAUUCCCCGCCUCCUUCCUAUGCUUAUAUGUGAAGACCGUAUACCUUGGCAAUGGCUGGUCGUUCUCGAAAUCAAGCGCUACAGGAAUCUGGUUGAGGGCGCUGUACUGGCUGACCACUCAUAUAUGGAUUGAAAAUUCUGCCGAGGAUCGAACUUGGAUUAGUUUUCAAAACUUUAUCAGCUUCAGGUCUGAAGACUUAUCAUGAAGAAAUUCACCAAUAGAUUUAAUUCGUCAAAAAAAAAUUUAAUUAAUGAUUUGCCAAAUGCAAAGGAUAAAACUGUAAAUGACACUGUUAUAUCCAGUGUGGAUAUUUUAAAUGGAUCAAAUUUUUAGAUUCAUUUAUAUGGCUUUCAUUAUAUGUCAAAGGACAAUGUAGUCACUGUUUUAAGGGGGUCAAAUUGAAACCCUUUUUUGUAAAACUUAACCCCUUGUAUAUACUAUGUCUCUCCUUCAUAUGUGUGUAUGUUCAUUGUAUUGCUUUAAUAUUGUUAUAUCACAGUGUCAUGUUUUGUAGCACAUCAUCCGCAUAGUGUGUAGCAAAGUGUGUAAUUUCUGUAUUGAUGCAGGUAGGAGAUGUUUCUGUAAGUAUUACCCCAUCUCCAUUUAUCUCAAUAGAGAUUGGGUUGCCUGCAUCAGAAUAGAAAUAUACUAUAAUUAGCUUUGUUAAGCAUGAAUAGAAACUAUACUCACUACCAUUGUAGACAUGUUGUAAAGCUAAUAACUGUGUUUAGGAUGAAUAUUGAUAAUAAAAAUGUUAUGAAUUAUGAAUGUAUUAUUUUUAUAUAUAAAUAUAUAUUACUAAUUAUAUUAACAAGAUUAUGUAAUAAGUUUUUACUUUCAUUUAAACAUCACAUGGUUUACUAGAAUAUUAAUUAUUACAUUAUUUAAAAUUGAAAUCUAGUUGAUGAUGUCAUUAAGGGAAAAUAAUAUAUAUAUAUAUACGGAUUAUAAACCUGGGACAAAAUUUAUACAAAUGAUAUACCUGUUUGUCAUCAUAUGAGGGCGCUAUUUAUUUUAGAUAUUUUCUUACAUGUAGUAAUUACAAAAAAAAAUCUUAAAGGAAUAUGACAUUAAAAAAUAGUAUGUAUUUCUUUAAAAAAUUGGUUUGAUAUAAAAGAAAAAUCAUCAGUUAUUAGGAAUAAUAUUGAUAUGUUUUUUAAAUUGGGUGAUUUAAAGAACAGUAUGUGAUAACAUUUUUUUUUUUGUCUAAAUUUGGGUCAAUUAAAAAGAAGUUGUGAAUUCAUAUUCAAAGUGCCUGUAACACAUUCUGAUAAUGCAUGGAUUACAAUAUUUAUACCCUUUUUCAGUACAAUAUCUCUGUGACUAGACGAUCCAGUGUGGAAUUAGUAACCGACCAAGCUAGAAACAACACAAAUAGUUAUAUACAGCAUUUGGGCCAGGGAGACGGAACGAUGCAGCGUGCAUUGAUCUAUUAGUAGCUUUUUUCUUUAGAAUGUCAAUUAUUUACUUAUAGAUUAAAUUAAGUACUUGAUAGCCAUACUGCGUAUCAUGAGUGUGAACUUGAUUUUGGAACUACCCGGAAGUGUUUGGGACACAUUUUGACUUUGAAGUAUUUCUGUAAAUUGCAGAAUAAAGAGAGAUCAAAGUGUUGAUUGAAAUACUUGACUAGGUCAACAGUGUACUGAUCAAGGUCAAUAGUAGAUUUAGUCUAAGUAGGAUUCUUAUGAUUAAUUCAGUGUAUUCUAUAUUUUAUCAAUUUUUACGGUUAAUUAGUUAUUAAGCAAAGACCAAGUCAAACUAUGUUGCAAAGUCCUUUUUUAAAUCUGUAGAUCCGCUGAUAGAUGAAGAAAAUAGAUUAAGAGAUGCCCUAUCUAUAUAUAUAUAUUAGAAUUUUUACAUAACUGUGUUUGAUAGAAAAAAAAAAUAAAUAAAAAUCAAUUGGAAUAUCAUUGUUAAUGUUUUACAGCAGUUGUACAAUAAACUUGUGUCUGUAUGUAGAUAAAAGUGAAGAUUCAAAUUUUAUUUAUGGUUUACUUGCUUGUAGGUACCAGGCUGCACAAGUGUGGCAAGCUCAAUGGCAAACUUGUUAAUGUACAGAAGGAUUGCAUGUAAGGCAGUCAUAUUCAUUUAAAAAAAUAUGGCACAUUUAUUCUGGUCCUGCAAACUUGCUUGUGUGUAGCAAGCUUGCUCAUUUGCUACAAGUUUCUCAUGUAUAUCAAGAUUGCUCAUGUAUAGGGAGCUUGCUCAAGUUUAGCAAUCUUGUUCAUGUGCAGGGAGCUUGCUCAUGUGUAGCAAGCUUUUGCUCAUGUGUUUCAAGUUUGCUCAUGUGUAAAAAGCAUGCACAUGUGUAGCAAACCUGCCCAUUUUUAAUUAGUGUUCUGUAUGUGAAUUUUUUAGGUAGGUAUAGCUAUCAAUGUUCAAAACAUUGCCUCAUUUGCAUAUUGUCUGUGAUUAGCUGCCAAGCAGAUUGUAAUUUGCAUAUUGCCUUUCCACAUAUACUCUUACGGAGAGGAUAGCUAAAGCAACAAAAUUACAAGAAAGUAGUGUUCUACUUGUGCUACAGGAAGUGAUUUAUGGGUAAAUUGGUCUAAACAGAAAAAAUACUGUAUGUUGGGUGGUAGAAAAUAUCCUAAUUUUAGUACGACUAUAAUUACUAAUUUUGUGAAAACAACAGGAGGUUAUUCAAAAUUUACAGGAUAUAUCUUAAAUGAUACAGUGAAUACAAAUAUCAUGUUUUGAUAUUUUUAGAUUUAUUUAAGAUACUCAAUACUUUUAAUACCACACGAGUUAUUUUGAUUCUUGUUUUUUCAUUUAAUUUUCAGUGGAGAAUGUGUGUAUGUGUCUUUCAAUUUUUCUAUAUAAGUUUUCUUUCAUUUUCUUAAAUUUGUUAUAUAAUUACUUUAUUUUUGGAAGUUUGUAUCAUGUAUAGUAACAAAUACUUCUUACCUCUGUAAAAAGUCAACAAGUGAAAUGUAAUGAAAGCAUUCAUAUUUUAUUAUGCUAUUUUCAAAUGCCGUUCAGGUUUUUAUAAUAAUAAUAUUAUAAUAAUAUCUGUUGGUGCUACCUAUUUUUUUUCUGUUUUUUUCCACUGUGUAAUUGUAAAUUUUGGGUAAGUAUUUUCAUGAAAAUUGUAAACACCAAUAAUAGGUUUAUUGGUGCAUCUUUAUAUUACCAAAUUCUGCUUGCUUGAAACUACAGACUUUGACGAAAACAGUUUUUGAUGGUCAAUAUCUUUGGAUAUCUGUAAAGUAUAAUUUUUACGGAAUUUAUUAAACAAAGUGUACAUUGUAUGUUUGAUUUUUUUUAAUAUAAUGUACAUUUAUUGAAAUUGUCAGUAAAUUAUAAUACUUAUAUAAUACUAAUAAUGCUAUUCUCUAAAGAGCAUGUCCAAAUUAUUUGUAUACUUUAUUUUUAUAUUUAAUUUCACAGUGAAGUUUGCUUCGCAAGACUGUAAUGAACAUGUUUGGUCAUUCUUGCUGCACUUGGCCGAAUUUGCACUGUGUACAAAUUUUUUUCAAGAAACAGCUGAACUGAAAAGAAAUUGAAUGAACCAUCAAAAUAUGUUAACAAAUUUAUGCGAAAUAGAGUUUUGAGCUAAAGCAAACGUGUAGCAGGCAAUUCAUUUAAAUUGCCUCUAGUAAUCAAUGUAUUCCCUAAACAUUUUUUACAAAUAUUACAACCUACAUUACCACAAAUAACCUGUUAAGUAUGCAUAUUUUUGUGAUGUUCAGGGUUCAUACGCAUCUUUGAAAAUCAUAAAUCAUUCCAAGUUAUGGAAAAUCAUUUAAGUGUGUUCAGUGUCAUUGAAAAGUCAGGGCUGGAUCAUGACCUUUGAAUUGGUUACAGAAAAAUUAUGAAAUUUUUUGUGUUUGAACCUUGGAUAUAUGAUAUGCAUACUAAUGUAUUUAAAUGCACUUUCUGCAGUCAUCAUUGUGUUUGCUAUUAGUCUGGAUAAUGGAAUAAUCCAUAAACAUUGAAAAUAAAUGGUAGAAAUAUUGUA